CACAAUGUCCCCUGUGCAGUGUGCUAUGUAGCCACCAGAGGCAGUGUACUGAUGGUUCCUGCCAAGACCCAGUGUCAUGCAGGCUGGACCAGAGAGUACUAUGGUUACCUCAUGUCUAACCAUUAUAGCUUUGAUGGUCGUACAAUGUAUGAGUGUAUUGACAUAGACCCUGAGUCAGUUCCUGGACUGAAUGCUGGCAGUGACCCAAGGUCUUUGUUUUACUUCAAUGAGAUAUACUGCAAUGGAUUCUCCUGCCCUCCUUAUGAUGCAGAGAAAGAACUGACGUGUGCUGUUUGCACUCGUUGAAACCAACACUAUACUCCAACAAAGACAAUGUAGUUUAAAGAGACACAAACAUUGUGUAAUACUGAGACUUUAGUCAUGAAUGUUUGAUUGAUAUACUGUAUGCCUU